AUACUGGGGCAGGAAACGGUGGUCAUCUCCUACGCCCAGUACGUAACCGAACUCUUCGACCUCGAUGUCCCCGAAAAGAUUGGGUCGACGGGUGGCGAUAAGGGUGGCGGCGCGUACGUCCUCAGGUCUAUGCCCUUCGCCGGGAGGGGCCCGGCAAAGCGCGCGCCAAAAGUGUACGACGACCUGCAGGACCUCAUCGACUACAUCUUCGUCUCUGCCAUCUCGGAGGCGCGCCGCACAUUCUUUGCGUCGGAGGCGGAGAGCACCGAGGCCAUCAGGCUCCUCGAGACCCUGCACAAGGUCGCGGGCUCCACAGUGCGCUCGAUCACGACGUCCGCGUCCUGCUGCGCGCUGUCGCACGACGACCUCGGCGACACCGACGUCAUCGUGAACGAACGCACGGGCGAGGUCUCCGGCAUCGUCGACUGGGAGUUCCACUCUGUCGUGCCGCGGGUCAUGGCGGCGCACUAUCCCAGCUGGCUUCGCUACGACGGCGUCUGCGACCCCAAGUACGCAGCGGAAGGCAAAUGGUGGCUGUCGUCCAGGGAGGAAAGCGUGCAGAUGCUUGCGUUGUUCGAGGAGGUGGUAAAAAGCAAGUCGCAAGACUAUCACGACGCUCUGUUCUCCGGAACGGGGCUCAGGUCCAUCCUCGAAUGGAUCUACGAGAUGGGCUCGGCGAACUACUGGGACCGGCUCAGGCGUUGGAUGGCGGCAAGGCGGAUGCCGCUUCACGAAGAAAAGCCGGCAGUCCACAGGCAGCGGUCCGCCACGUUCGCGCUCUAAAAGCGGACUUGCGAGCAGACAAAACCUUUAUCCGUCAUGGAUGCGAUUAUACCCUCAUAUAGAUACCUGACCUCUCGUCACAUAGCAUUUGUACACGCGCCAUUUUCUUGUCUAAAGUUUGGAAGAUGUAGGGUAAGAAAAUUAGGUGUUAUUGGAUUGUCUGUGGAGCAAGGUACACGUUAUGAAUCGGAAAUAGAUGGCAUUGGUCUGAAUCGGUGAAACGCAGUAUACAGAUGCUAUAUAUGUAUUUGACAUCAGCGGCAGAUAUACAGACCAGCUGCAGAUCAUGCCCCGGCGGGAAAAAAUUAGCGCUCG